UGUCUCUGUGGAAGAAGGGUUCACUAGUGCAGACAGUCAUCCAUAUGGGCUGGACAUUCAAAACUUCUCAGUUCCUCAGGAUCUUCAGAGCCAGUGAGGGAAGGAGCUGCACAACAGAGAAGACUGUACAUGGAAUGAACAAGACAUUGGUGAAUGAGAGGAGAGCAGGACCUUGCCCUUUCAGACCUGUGUGCCCACCUGCACAUUUGCUUUUUGGACCUCCCUGAGAGCUGCCUGCUGUGUGGAUGUGCUGAUGGGCUGUACGUGCCUGCUGUGCUCCCGGGAUUUCUGCCUGCUUUUGCUGCUCUGAUGCAGCUCAUUGACUGUUUGCUAGGAGCACACCAUGAAACAUUCCUGUCCCUGUUCCACCUAGCUGGAGUGGGAAAUGACAUCAUUGGUAACAGCAGUGAAAGGUUGAAAUGGCCAAAGUACAACAUCAUCGUGGAACAGGAACAUGUGAUUCAUUAGAAAUGCAAACGUAACAUUUAGAAGAGAAAUGAACAACUCCUCGUAGAAGUGUUGCUGGAAACAUUGUGAUAAAUCAAACUCUCCAACACUAUUUUUUGACAUUAGAAAAUCAUUUAGAAGACUGAUCACCACUUGGAAGGAGCUGUGAUAUCGAGUCUGUGUUCUUAUUCUGCACUCUGGAAUAGGGCCCUGCUCUCUCAUCCUGGCUCUCUGGGUCCAGAGCAGGCAGAAGCAUACAAAUGGGGAAUCAAGGCAUGGAGAAGAAGAGAAUUUUGAGUGCUGGAGAAGGCAAAAUGUAACCACAAUGAGCAAAUAAUAGAUGAGAUUUGGAGAGGGGAUGCUGAUGGUGUUGGAAUGCUGGGUGACCCCAGGAACAGGCACUGUCACUGAGUCAGAAGAUGACAUCAACACUCCUGCUCCGCUGACAGGAACUGGUACAAAGCAGAAUGAAGUCUGUGGCACUCUUCAAAUAGCUGUAAAAAGCCUUCUUCCAGGCCUUUAAGUCAAGGCUCCUACUGACUGUGGGGAAGAUCAGUAGCCAGUGGCUGGUGGCUGUUGGUGUUACCGCUUGCUGCCAGCAAGCAUGAGGCUAUCCAUAACAAACCCAUCAAACAGUGGAGCUGGCAGCUGCUGCAGGUGCAGAGGACAAAGGCUGCAGUCUAUGCCCUCAGGAGCCCAAACCGAACAUCGAACCUGAGUUUCUCAGGACCAGGAGGAAGCAGAGCCAUGAGAUUGCAAAAGAGGGGUCAUUCUUCUACAUGCUCUCAUCUAUGUUUUCCUGGAUAGGAGGUGUUUUUGCAUCUAAGCAAGUCACAGGGAAGCUCAAGCAGGAGAAGAAAUUGUCCCACUGUGGGUUUCCAGGGACCCUGGCAGUAAAGCAUUCCCCUGCAAAACGCCUGAGGGAUCACCAAAAAUUGCACUUAUGUCUCCUCGAGGGUGAUCUUGAGUUCUUCUUAACUUGCUAGUGCUCAGCCUCCUCAUGCCUCCAUCUCCUUUAGACGACAGGGUAGUAGUGGCACUUUCGAGGCCAGUGAGACCUCAGGAUCUCAACCUGUGUUUAGACUCUAGCUUCCUUGAAUCUGCCUCUUCUGCUGGUGAGAGCCACUCCAGUCUGCUCGGCGCAGCUGUCGUGUCCCUAAAGACUGCUAAUCUCACGUAUAUGCCCUCAUCCAACGGCUCUGCACGCUCCCUGAGUUGUGGAUGCAGCAGUGCCAGUUGCUGCACUGUGGCAACGUACGACAAGGACACUCAGGCCCAAACUCAAGCGAGCACCAGCAGCACCCACGCCGGAGCCUCCCCUGCCUGCCCUGCCAACCAAAUGGUCAACAGCAAUGAGAACGCUGGCAACCUGAGCCCGCUGGGCGGAGUGGGGAGCCCCGUCUCGGGCAGUGCCAAGCAACUCGCCAGCAUCAAAAUCAUCUACCCCAAUGAUCUGGCCAAGAAGAUGACCAAAUGCAGCAAGAGCCACCAACAGAACCAAGGGCCUGUCAUCAUUGACUGCAGGCCCUUCAUGGAGUAUAAUAAGAGCCACAUUCAAGGGGCUGUCCACAUUAACUGUUCUGACAAGAUCAGCCGGAGAAGGCUCCAGCAGGGCAAGAUCACCGUCUUGGACUUGAUCUCCUGCCGGGAAGGCAAGGACUCCUUCAAGAGAAUAUUUUCCAAAGAAAUCGUAGUUUAUGAUGAGAAUACCAAUGAGCCAAGCAGGGUGAUGCCUUCCCAGCCACUCCACAUAGUGCUGGAGUCACUCAAGCGAGAAGGCAAGGAGCCCCUAGUCCUUAAAGGAGGACUCAGCGGUUUCAAGCAGAACCACGAAAACCUCUGCGACAACUCCCUCCAGCUGCAAGAGUGCCCCGAGGGGGGAGGAGGGGGCGGCGCCUCCGCUGUACCCCCUGUGCUACCUCAGUCCAUCCCCACCACGCCAGACAUUGAGAACGCUGAGCUCACCCCCAUCCUGCCCUUCCUCUUCCUCGGAAAUGAGCAUGAUGCUCAGGACUUGGAGAAAAUGCAGAGGAUGAACAUCGGCUACGUCAUCAAUGUGACCACCCACCUGCCCCUGUACCAUUACGAGAAAGGCAUGUUCAACUACAAGCGUCUCCCAGCCACUGACAGCAACAAGCAGAAUCUCAGGCAGUAUUUUGAAGAGGCUUUUGAGUUCAUUGAGGAAGCUCAUCAGUGUGGAAAAGGUCUCCUCAUCCACUGCCAGGCUGGUGUCUCCAGAUCUGCCACCAUCGUUAUCGCGUACUUAAUGAAGCACACACGCAUGACCAUGACGGAUGCCUAUAAAUUUGUCAAAGGCAAACGACCAAUCAUUUCCCCCAACCUUAACUUUAUGGGGCAGUUACUGGAGUUUGAAGAAGACCUGAACAAUGGAGUCACCCCGCGAAUCCUCACACCAAAGCUGAUCGGUGUCGAGACUGUCGUGUGACAGCCGAGCUGUGAGGGGGCAGAACCUGUUCUUCACCUGAUUUGGGGCAGUGAUGGGUGGGUUGUGGGGUUUUCUUUUUAGCUUUCAAAGGGGAGUUUUGUGGCAAACUUUUUGUGAAUAAAAACCUUUUUUUGUAAGGAAAGGUUUUUAAAAGAUCCAAGAACUUUGCUGGUUUUGGGAUGCUGUUGUGAUUUCCUUCUCAGACACCGGCAGAGCAGAGAGGCUUCAGUGCAAAAGGAGUACUUUUUAAACUAAAAACAAGAAGAAGAAAUGUUGGGCUUUUUUUUCUUUUAGUUUUUGUUUUUCCCUCCUCUCUGGCUACUUGUAGAGUUUAUGGCUAAGUAGUCUGUGCAGGUUCAUAGACUGAAGAAACCUAAGUUGAAGACAAAAUGCAAAUAGCCAAAACAAAGCAGAAACAGAAGGGCCUUCGUUCUGCAAAGGCUUUGCUAAAGAUAACCUAGCAAAAUGCUCACCGAUGCAAAGGAAAUCAGAGCAGCUUAAAAGUCUGCAAGGCACUUUUCACACUCCUGACUCAAACUAAAGAAGAAAACAAAGUUUAUUUGGCGUGUUUCAUGUUCCAGUUCUAUUUUUCUAUUUUGGGGUGUUAGGUUUUAACAGUAAGGGACUUCGAUCAUUCUAUGCCAUAUGCCUUCACUGGCUUCUUGUGCAAUAAUAAUUUGGGGUUUGUUUUGAGUGUUCAAACCAAUUAAGAGUUGGCUGCCCACUAAUAAUAAGAUAAUAAUUUUUAAAGUCUAAUAGUACAACAGCAGCCAGCUUGGUUCAGAAAGGAUAAAUGAGGCAAUUAUUUUGUUCCUUUAUAUGAUUUUGAUCCUGGUUACAGUGCCAUAAACCUUGUUACAUAUGUAUAUCAGAAUGUACAAAAAUCUAGAACAAGCAAAGUUUAUUUAAAAAUAUUUUUCGCACAAAAUAUUGGUGUGUUUCAGUUGUCUAUGUAAAAGAAAUUUGAUUAUAAAACAAAAAAUCUUUUGGAAAGUGUGUGUCCUUUUAUUUCUUUAGCCAUUUUCCAUUUUCUUUCUAUGGGAUGGGGUUUUUGUUUUGUUCCCUUUGGUUUGUUUUUUUGUGGCAUUGUACCUCUCCCAUUGACAACAUUGAUCUCUCUUGUUUGGCAUCUCCCCUUCAGCGUUGCGUUCCUGUCCUCUGCUGGUGGAACAUUUUUCUUUACUUUCUGCUGUACUCUUGCAUCUCUCUGUAACCAGAUUUUUCUGUCUGGUUCAACUGAAUUAGCACUAUUCAGUGAGGGCUUUUUGGAACAGACCUGUUAUUUCUACAGCUCAGUAGCCAUUUGGAAAAAAAUAAGAAAUAAACAAUCUCCACUAAUUCCUUUUCAUAUUCCUGUAGUUAACUUAUCUUCUAUGUUACAAAAUUGUCCAGUUUUUAGACAUGCGUUGGUCACGUGUGCUUUUCCCUAGCCUCUCUCUAGCCCCCUUGUUUAGCAGUUCCACAAUUCCUGGGAAUCAUCCUCCUGGUAUUUUUCCCUCCCUCUUGCCCCUCCUUUUCCAGCUGUGUCAGUGUUGUGUGGUGUGUAUUGUAGGGCUGAUGUUUCUGCUUGACAGUGUCCCUUGGGCAGCUGACUUUCACUUUCCUUGUUUGUAUUCACUUUUUUUUUAACUAUAUGGUAUGACCUGAUCUGUUCUGGACUGUUUCCACCUCUAAAGUUUAUUUGUAUGAGCCUAAAAUGAGUUAGAAAACAUUUCUCGUAUGAUUCUGUUGUGCAAACUGAUCUGUCCCAGGAAGGCUGAUAGCAGUGAAGGCUUUUCCUAGAUGAAAACCUACAUGGACUGAACCAAGUGUGAAACAGGACCUGUUGGAAAACUUAAUGUAUAAUCACAUUAGACAUGUAUAUUUUUGUGGACAUUUUACUUAAAAUGUUGUUACUAUACAGAUAUUUUCUUGAAACUUAUCCCUUUAUUAAAUUAUUUUUCUACUGGA